AUGCUGUUCUCACACCCGUCUACCGUAUCAUCAAUAAGUCAAGUUUCACAAACUCUCAAAGCCCACCAAAACGCAUUGUCCAGCGAAAUCAACAGCCUCGAACUCGAACAAGCGUACAAGCCGGACUCAAGUCUGGAGCGGAUGCAGUCGGCGCAGACAGAGCUGGCGGAGCUUUUCCGGAAAAUAGAAACGGUGCGAUCACGAGCGAUUGAGACGGAGCAGAACAUUACGUCCAUGACGGCGGAAAUCAAGCGUCUUGACGGCACGAAGCGUAACCUGACGCUUAGUAUGACAGCACUCAAACGCUUGCAGAUGCUCACGACGGCGUACGAACAACUUCGCGGGCUUGCUAAAACGCGGCAAUAUCGAGAGUGCGCUGGUCUUUUGCAGGCCGUGAUUCAGUUGAUGAAGCACUUUAACAGUUACAGAAGCAUAGAGCAAAUUGCCACGUUGAGCCGCGAAGUAUCCGAGCUCCAGAGGGAACUGCUCGAGCAGGUGUGCGAGGACUUUGAAAUGACUUUUGUCAAGGGAGAAGUGGCAACGAAGAGGAGCAUGCUUGUCGAAGCCUGCUUGGUCAUAGAUGCGUUGGGAGACUCGGCCAAGUCGAGAAUCAUCACCUGGUACGUGAACACGGAGCUGAGAGAGUAUCGGCAGGUUUUCCGUGGGAACGACGAGGCCGGGAAUCUGGAUAACAUUGGGCGGAGAUAUGCGUGGUUUAAGCGCAUGGUGAAGACGUACGAGGAUGAGCACGCUGCUAUUUUCCCGUCACACUGGCAUGUGGGGGAGUUGCUAACAACGGCCUUUUGCGACGGUACACGGGAUGACUUCAAGGGCAUUUUGGAGAGAAGCAUGCGACGUGGGGACGGGGGCAAGGUUGACGUCAACUUGCUGCUGAGAUGCCUGCAGGAAACUCUAGACUUCGAGCAGAGUCUUGAGAAGAAGUUCUCGGAUGGGCCGAGGGCGAGCAUUGACACUCUGAGCUCGACCGAGGAAAAGACGCACAACUUCAACGGGCUCGUCUCUGUCGCUUUCGAACCGUACCUGAGCUUGUGGGUUGACUCGCAGGAUAAGCAGCUGGCGUCCUUGAUGCCAAAGUACCGCAACCAACCGCUUAUUCCUGCCGAUGAGGAGUUUUCUCCUCAGGGGAUUAUCCCGUCCGCCAUUGAGCUUUUCCACUUCUACAAGCUGACUCUGUCGCAAUGUGCCAAGUUGUCGACUAGUGAUAGACUACUAGACCUGUCCAAAGUCUUGUCCAAGUACUUGGAUGAAUACGCGCAGCAAGUCCUGCUGCAUAUCCUUCAAGCCGGGGGAUCUCACGGUCCGUCACUCCACAAUGCUAUUCUGGUGCUCAACACUGCCGACUUUUGGUACAUCAACACGGGCCAGCUGGAGGAGAAUAUAAAGAAGCGCAUCGAUAACGACCUCGUGCCAAAGGUGGAUCUUUCGUCGCAAGCUGAUGCUUUCCUGGGAGUUGCUAGCGCGGCUGUGUUGGCAUUGGUACAUCUUGUUGAGUUGGAAUGCGAGGGGACGUGGCGUGAGAUGAAGAAUACAAACUGGAGUACAAUGGACACGGCAGGCGAUCAGAGCACGUAUGUGGGCGAGUUGGUGAAGCACGUCAACACAAAGACGGAAGAGAUACUGGGCCUGGUGGGCAAGCAGCAGUACGCAAGGGCGUUUUGCGAUAACCUGGUCGAGCACAUGGCCUCGGCUUACAUCAACAACAUUGUGGUAUGCCGGCCUAUUUCAGAGGUUGGCGCGCAACAGAUGCUCGUAGACAAGUACGCACUCACCAAAUCCUUCGGCAGCCUCCUCUCCCACCACAACCCCUCGUCACCAACGCAGCAAGCACCCCCCUCGAGCUUCGUCCGGCGCGUCGAACACUCCAUGAACCGCAUGGACCCUCUCCUCAAAACCCUCCAAGUCCGCCCUUCGCCCCCCGAGGGCCUUGUCCAAGCCUACCUCAUCCACAUCGGCGACCGCUCCGACACAAACUUUAAAAAGAUACUCGACCUCAAGGGCAUCCGGAAGCAAGACCAGUCCCACCUCAUCGAGCUAUUUGGCAUCCACCGCGACGGCAGUUCCAAUGAGAAGCUCGUCCAGAGCUCCCCUCUGCUAACACCCCUCAUGACGACGGCAGGCAUGGGAAGUGGCGCUGGCAUUGCCGGGAUGAAUCCCGGGGCGGCACUGACCGCUGCCUCUGGGGCAAGGUUCGACGCGGGCUUUUUAGGGGAAAGGCUUCUGAGUGCGGCCAGGGAUAUCGGAAACACUACGCAGAGUACGGAGAAGGCCACUAUUAAUGAGAACCUGAGGAAUUUUGGAAAGUUCUUCAAGAGGGAUAUUGGAGGAUUGGGGGCGAGGUUUGGGAAGGGGAGUGCUGACGAUGGGGGAAGGUAG